GUUGUAAGAAUGUCAAUACGAUUUGCCUCAAUGGCGAUGUUAGAAAGCCCGCCAGACGCGAGUUCGUCUUGUGUUCAUUAAUGUCACGAAUGCGCGCAAUCAUCGCAUGUAUAGUGUUCUUAUGUGUUUACCGCCACUCGUGUGCAGCUCCGAUUGAAUUCGAUGUGGCAGCAAGCGCGUCUGACCGCUUCCCGUGCAACAAGGGGUCUGCCGUUUCUCUGGUCCGCGCUUCUGCCGCAGAGGAUGGCCAUUCUCAUAACAGAGAACGUUUGUCAAAGAGGAGAUCGACGGCUAGCAGCGUCUCGAACAUCGACACGGAGUUCGAGCUGCCCCCUUGUACUGGGGAGCUGCGCGACCCUGUUCACGGGUGCUGGCUGCACGACUACGUUACCUGGCACAAGGCCAACCGCGGAAAGCCCGGAGCAAAGUACCUUAUCUGGAUCUGCUAUGGACCCGGUGGCCCCGGCGCCACACGUGCCCGUACCGCCAACGUGUACGGCGACAACUGCGCGGGUCUGGGCGACCGCAUGCGCGGAAUCCAAUACCUGACACGGGUGGCAGCGGGCGCCAAGCGUGUGCUGCUUGUGUAUCAGGAGUCGCCUGCACCCAUGGAGCGCUUCCUGCACCCCGCCCUCAUCGACUGGCGUCUGACGCCCGAACUCGGGCUCGACCCAGAGACGGACAUCGUGAAGAUGGGCAAGCAUUACCGCAUCUCGUCAACCGGAAGGAACAGGUUGCGAGACGACAUGAGCACGGGCGUGUUCCAGAACCUGACGGCGCGCGUGGUGACCGUGUCCACCAACCGGCCCGCCCACACGGAUGGUAGUGGCCUGAUCCCACGCAUGCCACACAACAGCUCGGUGGUGGGGCUGCUGGCGAGAGCGCUCUUCCGCUUGUCGCCAGAGGUGGAAAAGGCCACGGAUGACGCGCUGCUGGGUCUGGGCAUCCUGCCGGGACAGCGCUACGUGGCGGCGCACCUGCGCCUGGGCGGCCUGUCCGGCGAGCAGUUCCUGCUGGGCCGCUUCAGCCACGACCCGCCCGCGAUCCUGGCAGCGGCCUCAGCCUGUGCCGCCAACCUGACAGCCGCAUACGGCGUGCAACAUGACACGGCCGCCGCUGCCACGGCAGCAGCCACGGGGGCCACAGCAGGCACGACAGCAGCAGCAAGAGCUGUAGCAGAAACGGCGGCGGUGGGUGCAGGCCUGCCGCACGUCCUGGUCACGGACAAUCACGACCUGCGGCAGCAUGUGGCUGUAGGGGAGCUGCGGCCCUGGGUUACGCCGGACCUGCAGCCCGCCCACUUCAUGAUGUCGCGCCUGCCGCAGCCCACCGACCAGCCGCAGGAGCAGCCGGCGAGGCAGCGCCACGGCGAGCGUCAGCAGCAGGAGCGCAGCCUUGGAGAGAAUAAAUCACUGGACGAGGAUGCAGAGGGUGCGGAAGGGGGCAGCAUCCAGCACGGGGGGAGGAGACGUCUGACGGAUGGCAAGCACCGCCGGCAGCGGAAACCAGGUGGCGCUGGCGGGGCUGGCGGCGGCGGGGGUGCCGUGGAAGCGGGGUCAAGGGAGAGGUCAGCCGGCGGGGCGGUUGCACUGAAGAAACGGGGCGGGCUGGACGCGGCGGCGGCAGCUGCUGCUCUGGAGGAGGUGGCGAGGCUGCAGGUGCUGAACAUGGCUGACUUGGGCAUUCUGAUGCGUGCCGCGUGUGUUUUGAUCAGCCCCUCCGGCUUCAGCAUCCAGGCGCACCUGCUGUCGGGCCAGCGCUGCGCCAUGCGGCUGCGGGACUGCCCGGGAGCCACGUAGGUGAGCUGGUGAGGCGGGUGGUCCAAGGGGGCCACAGGUCAGAGGAGGGCAGCAAGAGGGCACGGAAGGACGGCCCCGGCCCUGACAGGGACUAGUGUCAAGGACGUCACAGUACUGGCUGCGAUGCCUCCAGGAACAGUUCCUAGGUAGGGUGCAGGGUGAAGAGGCAGUGGAUGCGCUCGACGCCAGGGUAGGUGCAAGCGUGUAUGUGGAGCUCGCGUCGGUAAGUUAGAUGCCCAGUAGUGCCCUGCCGCGAUGGUAGCUCGGGGAAGUGGUUGCGACCCUGAGAGCAAUGGCGCGAUCGCACAGUUUCACAGGUACGCACAAUGUCAUAGAUUACUUGUGCUCAAAACAUCUACCAAGUGUCAAGGGCGCACACAGGGAAAGGAGCGUAGCCGGGUCAGGAAACUGGCCCGCAUUCCGAUGAUUGUGAAUUAUGCAAUACCUCCUGAUGUUCACUUGUGGGAUACCUGGCAUAAGCAAUAGGCGUCCUGUUUAUGCAUUGGCCACACUAUCGCAAACUUCAUGAA